AUGACGUGUCAGGCCGAAUCGUCCUCGAUGUUCCCCAACGGCGUCGUCUACGAGGGCAUCGGCACUGACGAGCCCCAAUACUUCCGUGGUGAGAGCGGAGCCAACGACGUGAGUCUUCAGUCUAGGUUCGGACAGUGAGCUUUCCGUGAUCCGAUCCAGCUGACCUUCCUGUUUUUGUUGGUUCUUUCAGUCCAUCAUCCCCCUUGCGGACAACUUGCUCGAGAUCACUCGUGCACACCCCAAGAAUGAGCUCACAUCGACCUUGCGCGAGUUCCGUGAAUACCGUCCUUCGGCGCAACGUGUAUACCUCGAAGCGCUCGAGCGUCGUGCGUCCGAGACGGGCGUUUUCAAGUUUGCGCAGCAGAACCCCGAGAGCUUGGCCUUGUACAUCCUCAUGGUCGACCAAGUGCGCGAGUUCAGGGACCGCCACUGGAAGUUCACCAAGGUAAGUGUUGAGAAAGAGAUGGCAGCGCUGUCGGAUGAGCCUGACUGAUCUCGCUAUCUUUUGUCUGUGCAACAGAGCUACAUCAUUCGUUACUCGGACCACGCAAUCGCCACAGGUGGAUCGCCGAUCCUGCGCUACUUGCCUCAGAACCUGACGACCGUGCUCAACUGCAUGGCCGAUGCGUUCACCUUGUUGCCCAACUCGCGCGGCUUGACCCCUACGACGGCGGCCAAGAUCGAGGCGUGCCGCGGUCGCGCGGAGAGGGAACUCGAGGCGUUGAAGGUCGAGUUGGGCGAGUUGAGGGGCGGGGUCAAGGGUGUCGAUGAUAAGCGCGUGCACACUCGUGGAUCCGUUGGCUGCGACGGCAUCGGCUGA